CGCGGUUCGAGAUGCGUCGUUUUUAGAGGUGUUCUUUUCGAAAUUAUGGUAUCACGUACCGACCUAUUUUUUUUUUAAAUAGACAUUAGUGUAAAUCGUGCGUAGAAAUGUGGAAAAUGAUAAUUAUUAAGCGUAUGAAACGUGAGCAGUUGGUUUAAAAGGUUUCGAGAACGUGCGUCCACGACGCGGAGGAACACGGGGAACAAGGACCAAAUUCACAGGGGAUAAUAUCAAACGUGACGAUUUCGCGAUUUCUUGAACGAAAAGAAACGAGAGAAUCGUUUGUUUGUUUUCUCCACGACGAACUCUUUUACACCGUGGAAAAAUCGUUUCGGCGUUAGUUUUUCCCGUAAUCCUAUUAUUCGUGUUUAAGAAAUUCCGUUUAAAUAUCUAAAUCGGAAGAAAGAAACGCGACGCGAGUUUACUUUUCCUCUAGCAUCGGACAAAGUUGCGGAAUUUAGUCAGCGAAUGGGCAAAAGAGAGGAAGGAGAGAAGAAAAAGAAGAAAAAUUUUUGAUCAGAGGAGCACAGCUGUAACAGCUUCGAAUAAGAGAGAGAGAGGGAGAGAUCGAAUCGCGCAACGUUAACGCGUAGCGUUGUUAAAAGGGGACAAUAGCGCGUACGAGUGGGCGGUUUUUCAAACACCGCCUGCGAGUCGACAGGAACGGUGGAAAAAGUAUAGCACGAAUGGGGAACGAAAAGCAGGCGAGAACGGGAAUAGUCGAAAGCCAGAGGACAGGAAAAAUGUCUGCAAGGCAAAAAUAAAGGUAGAGGGGGAAAAAGCGGAUUUACGCGUGCACCGGCGAGCAGGGGCCGUAGGACGGCUGACGGCGGCGUUGGUAGCUGCGGCGGCGGGGGAAAUUGGUAGAUCACACCGCGGGGUGGGGGAAGUGGAAGAAUAAAGCGAAACGGAAGGGUUCGCGAGACGACGGGUAGAGGUGCGCGCGUAAGAGAAAAGCGAUAAACGGACAAUGGAAGAAAAAAGGCGUUCCGCGUGGAAUGAAUGAAAAGAGAGAUACGUAGUAAAAGAGUACUCGAUCGAGACAGAGGAAAGAGAAAGGCAGAGCGAGAGACUGGAAGGCAGUCGAGGAAAGGCGAAAAGGAAGAAAGGAAUAGAAAAGGAGGAGCGUGAACGUUGAAGUUUGGGAUUAAGUGCGAGAGCGAGGGAGGUCGAAGAAGAAAGAAGAGGAAAAGGUGCGUUACACCCUGGAGUCCGAUGUUGAGAGUCGUACGAUGGCCGGGGCUCUGUCCGAGAAUGCCCCGAGGCCUGUCAGUGUCGUCGCGGUAGGCGGUGCAACCGUUGAUAACGCGAGGAAUAACCAGCUCGACAGACCACAGGAACAGCGGGACAAUGCACGGUCUUUCACUUCAACGGAGGCACAAACGGAACUCCCAUUGCAAAGUGGCCCAGAGACUCUCGAGGAUCUCGACGGUGUUCGCGGUGCUCGAAGAAGAGAGAGGCGAAUGCGCAGGCAACAUCGUCGAGCCUUGAGAUCAUGCUCGAUGCCACCAUCUUAUCCUGGCACAUCAGCGGGAUGUCAGGCUUCUUCUACUGCACCGGGAGUACCGCUGGUCACUCCCACCAGAGGAUUUCUACAUCUUCCACCGCCUCAUUUGGGUCUUAGGGGCCUUAGUCUUGGUCUACCUUUUCCGGUUUCAACCAGCGUCUCUGCUUUUGGCCGGGACGCAGUACCGAAGCAGUGUUGUGGCCUCGGUUCCCCUCCUGUGCGUUGGUCCAUACUGGGUGUCGGCGUAGUGGGUCUGGUGUGCGCGGGUGCUGGUGCUUUGCUGGGGGCCCUCAGGGCUUCUGGUCGCGAUCACAUUGCCGUCGCACUUCUUAUGAUCGGUAUAGGAGUGGUUCUGGUAACUGUAAGCGCUGUAGCGUGGCGAGUGACCAGUCGAGAAAAUUGCGGCAGUUUCUUUGGUUUCACGGGGAUCUCGAGCAGGAUCCCGCCAGCGAGGCCAAUUCAUCCAUACGCUGCCAUGAUUUAUCCGGAAUUCCAAUUUAGAACGCCACCUCCGAGUUAUCAGGCGAGCAUGCAAGAGUACAGGCUCCGACUACUCCUUCUGGAUCGGCUGCAGCCAACAUCGUCGCCUCCGCCGACCUACAGAUCGAACGCUGGAAGCAUUGUGACUCCCGGUACGACUAGAGAAAGCAGACCGCCGAGCUAUUGCGCCAGAUCGAACGUUGCAUCGAACACGAAUGUCACGCCAUCGAAGAAGGACGCGAAUCUGGUCAGGAUCGUUCAGACCGAAUCGGAACCGGUGAUUUUGAGCGGCGAUCAAACGCCUCCGGUAGCGGCCGUUGAAGUGCUCGCGCAUCUUUGAUUCAUUUCCACCUUUUCCCUGUAAUUACGGUUCUUAUCGUUUUUACUUCCUUAUGCCGCGAAAACACUGCUGCGACUGAUCGAAGGAAAGCCGUUACACUCGACGAUUUUGCGAAAAGAUUCAUGUCUCUUGUGCAAUACAACUAUUGGCUCGUUCCAUAAGUAAUGGUAUUUUAAAGAUGAU